AUGUCCAUACACGUGCAUUUAUUACAAGACUGUCAGCAGGUUCGUGUACUGGCUGGCCGACAUAAUUAUACUAGUUUCGGACAUAAAGAAGAUCUGGAUCCGCAAAACAAAUUUUCCAUCCCAAGCCCCGCCGAUCACCCGGGAAAGCAUCGGUCAGUUCUCCGAAGCCUCUUUAAAGGUAUGUCAAGCGGAGGCAAAAACGUCGCCUUGGAAGAGCAGCAACCCACCUACCGUCAAGCGGGUUCCUCUUCCCACCACCGAUACCAUAUCCAUCACUAUCCCCACAAUCCGUCCGAUGACAGGCGACCUCUAAGAGGCCCUUGCUUCCCACACAUGUCAUCUUCCUCUCAAUCGGCCUCCGCCUUCUCCUCUCCGAACUCCUCUUCGUCACCCGGCCAAAGAGUCUCCACUUUCCACGCGGGGCUGCGUGAAGAAGUCCUUGAACAGGAUGGUACUUCUUCGACCACGCAGGCAAUUAAUCGCGCCUUCGCAACCUCCGCGUGGCGUCAUCGCCGCCUUCGUACUGACGACACAUCUUCAGUCAUGAAGGCAGGGGUGUUAAGGCACCAGCGCAGUCUAUCCGAUGGAGGUGUGGCCGGGCUGGUAAGGCGCACCUCGAACCCCAAUGUCGAUGUGGACAUCUAUGGGGAAAAUCUUUCCUCCAUCGGCGACUCCAAUGUACCCCUUAGUAGUCACGAGCUCGCCUUCUCUGCUGCUGCCGCUACCGCCGCCACAACAUCCUCCUCCGAUUUCGUGCGCCACCUGCUCUCUGUUCUUUUUGCGGGGAUGACUCCACCCGACCCUAUGUUUGUUAAGGCGCUCGUUAACGAUCCCCCUUUUGGUAUUUUCUCCCGUCUUCCUACUGUUGCCGCUACUGUUGGCGACCCAAUGGGCCUCGGUCUCGCCUUCGAAUACAACCUAAAUCACCGUGCAUCGCGUGGCAUCUCCUCCACCGUGCGCUCGGGUCUUGAACGUCUCUUCUCACCGAUACGGAAAAAAUCGCGUCGACGAUUUCGCCCCUCUACCGCUUCUCUGCCCGCUCAAAUGCUGAUCAUGACGGCGGAUUGUACUGCUCGGGAUGAACACUGGUUGUCCAUGGUGCAGUUGGCUGCGGAGUCCUCCGCUCAAUCGUCUCAACCUGCUCCGCCUCCUCCUACUUCCGAUGUCGGAGGUACCGAGAGAACUGCGUCAGAGGACUCGAAGACGGCGGAGGCGGAAGUAACGGUGGAGGAAUCGGGGACGGACGUGCCACCCGCGCUUGCUCCCACAAAGGCUUCCGUGGUGAAGGACGAAGUACAGAUUGGACGCUUGAGGAAGGAGGAACAACGAUUGGAAGCCGAUAUUCGGAAUGUUGAGUCCUGCAAAUCUGAGCUCAACGAUUGGUUCCUGGAGCAGAUGCUGGUGCCUGCUGGCGAUGACGUUGCGUUGGGAGGUGGAGGCGAAGAAGGCGGAUUGUCGGUGGGUGAGAUUAAGCGAAUAUACAAGCGGCGCAAAGCUGAGUUAAAUCAACGCCAGGCCGAGCUAGAAGCGCUUCGCUCGGAGAAACGUCUGGUCAUAUCUCAUCUGGAGGGCCAGCAUACGAACAAAACCGAUUGGCGAGCCAACAAGGUCCUCUCAUCCUCCUCUGCCGCCUCCGUCACCGCCACCACUACGCCCUCUCGCCCCACUAAGUCCUCCAAGCGAUCCUCCACCCUUACGACCGUCGAGGAUACAGAUACUUCAGUCCCCCUGACUCCUGCGACUGCUCUCACCCCAAUGGGAGAUCCACAAUCCAUGCCAGAUCAUCGUCAUCAGCAGCAAGAGGCGAAAAGGCGGCAAGAGCAUCUCCCCUCUUCCACUCUUCCUUCAAAACCGGGCUCUAGUUCUCCCACAGACAACAGCACCAAGGUGGAAGCAUCUUCGCCUCCUCCCUCUUCUAAACCGUUGAGGUCGCACACCCUGCCGGUGUUACAACCACCGACUGCGACCUUAGAGUCGACCAUCGCCGCCAUGACUGCGAGGCGCAUCACGCCAAUGCAUCCCUCCUCCUCCUCUCUGGGUGUUCCCGGCAACCGCCCUGUUAGUGGGUGCUCGGAUCAGUUCUUACCCACCCAUUUCUUCCUUGAUGACUCUGGACCGCCUCAACAGCCGCAGUCCUCAUCGACGACAACGAGUCAAGCGUCGAAACACCGUUCUUCUUCCGCCAAGAAGCCCCUCAUCUCUGCUCGACGCGCUUUUAAGCAUGGCUUCGAGCUCUUCACAAAGCCUUUUGGUCGGAAAUCCGAGGUACCCCACGCGUCUUCCCGUCCGACCCUUAAGAAGUCCGCCAGCGAGGAGCACCUCCGCACGACAACCGCAUUUACCACUCUCAACGAUACCUCCUCGAAACCCAAGAAGGUCCCCUCCACACUGAAUGCUUGGGCAAUGAGCCCGAACGCCGGUGCAUCCACGUCUUCCAAAUGGAAGAAAUCCAAUAGACGGGGCAGCAGUGGCACCGACCAUCCCCCACAUUGGGAGAUGAACGCCAGUGGCACGAAGAAGAGUCACACAGGCUCCGUCUCCUCUCGCCUCUCACAACAACAACAACAACAGCAGCAUCAACGGUCUCAUCAUCAACAUCAGAUGGGUGAGUCGGGGGCUACCUCUGGAGCGGGUAGCGAGAAGAGUGGAGCGGUCGGUUCCUCUUCCUCCCCGCCUCCCCAUCCUCCUCCACCGCAGUCGUCUGGCCAGCACGCGAAAGAACCAUCUGCUGCCAACACCACCAUCUCCAAAGUCUUCGAUGUAGUCGACGUCCUCUGUGGGGGCAGCGCGGGCUCCGGCGCCGCUCUUUUCGGUUUACAGAGGGGAAGUCUCGGCAACCCUCUUGUCAUCUCCUCGGGUAACGCCUCCAUCCACUCAGGGGGCAACGGUGCCGCCGCUGCUGCAACAAACGGGCCGUCGACGAUGGGAAUGGGACUAGCAGGAAGUAGUGGCAGUGGUGGUCUGCAGCUUUCUCCUCCCACCUCUUCCUCACCUCCGUCUGUCUACAACGUGGCGAUGGCUCUGGUGAUGCUUCAUCAGAGGAUUCAGACCCUCCUCGAGGCGCAUGCUGAGGCACAACAGAAACUCACUUCGGAGAUCCGCGAGGAGCUUGGUAUUAUGAGACUGGAUCUCACAGAGACGCGCAACAUUGUCAACUCCAUCACGGUGGAAGUUGAAGCUCUGCGGCGAGACAUGCAGACAAAAGAGGAGGUGCAGAACCAGAAGUUAGUGGACGCGGUGGCGCGACUGGAGCAGUUGGAUGCCUCAGCAGAGAAGUUGCGGCAGCAUGUCCAACAGGACCUCAUCGUAAUACGCAACGAGCAGAAGCACGCGCUUGAGCCCCUCAACUACCAACUGGCCACUGAGACUCGUGACCUCCGUGACAUGUUUACCACACUUAGCAACAAGGUUAUGAUACUGGAGAAGUGUGAACGUCUAUCAAAUCUGGAUCGGGAUCAGCCGCAGAUGCUGCGAUCGAUUGCCAACACCCUGACAGACCUCGUCGUCUCUCUCGUUGCCUUCGUCACCACCCUCAUUCAAAUGCUUAUUCGCUUCCUUAAUGCCGGUGCCACUGUCACCAACAACCGGGGUUCUGCGAUCGUGCUGAACGUCUGCCUCCUGGUCUUUCUUCUGAUGAUCUUUCUGGCUGAGCCGAUGGUGCGGUGGUGGAACCGCACCGACUCCCCUCUCCAACAGCCCCCUCGCCGGAGUUCAGCAGCCAUGAAUGGCCACUAG